AUGCCGUUCACAUCCCGUGAUAAUUCGAAAUUAUCAGAUAGGCUUUGGGGUAAAUCGGGUGAAGAAAUUUUAAAUGAAUUGGCAAGUGAUUUAGAUCCCGAUAGAAGAAUGUUUUUUGAUACACCGUCAUGGAGGCAAAGACAAAAUAAUCCAACUGGCUUUCGAAGGCACAGUUUUAUGUACACACAUAAAAUUGCGGACGGACACAUGCAUACACAUUUUAAGGGCCUGUUUUCAAUGGAUUACCUUUUAAAAUAA